CUGGUGUAUCAUGUUAUGAUGAAUUAACACAAGAAAUGUUUACAUUACGAGGUCAUAUAGUAUCAGUAUCUGGAGAUAUUCCUGCCUUAUCCAAAGUAAUGUGUGUAUCUGGUCACAAUGCCUAUAGUAAAUGUCGAUAUUGUUACUUUCGUGAGACAUAUUCUGAAAAAUCAACGCAUGUUUAUUUUUCGCUUUUACCACCACGAGGGUACAAAGGUACUAUAUAUGAUCCAAACCAUUUACCAAUGCGUACCCAUAACAGUUACCUUCGAGAUAUUACAAAAACAGAAUGUAAAAGCAAAAAUGAUCGACAUAAAAUCGAACGUGAAACUGGAGUGAACGAACAUAGCAUCUGGUUUGAAUUAA